CGCCCCGCAGCCACGCCCAUAGAAAAUUUCACCUUUUUGAGCGCGAACCCGCGGAGAUGAACCCUUUAACUAAAGUGAAGCUGAUCAAUGAGCUGAAUGAACGUGAGGUCCAGCUCGGGGUGGCGGAGGAGGUGUCCUGGCACUCCGAGUACAAAGACAGCGCCUGGAUCUUCCUGGGAGGACUUCCUUAUGAACUGACUGAAGGGGACAUCAUCUGUGUGUUCUCACAAUAUGGGGAGAUUGUUAAUAUUAAUCUGGUACGGGACAAGAAGACUGGGAAAUCCAAAGGAUUCUGUUUCCUCUGCUAUGAAGACCAGAGGAGCACAAUUCUGGCCGUGGACAAUUUUAAUGGGAUCAAGAUCAAAGGAAGAACUAUCCGAGUAGAUCAUGUGUCUAACUAUCGGGCUCCAAAGGACUCAGAAGAUAUGGAUGAUGUGACCAAAGAGCUCCAGAAUAAGGGCUGUGGGGCUCGCACCCCCCCACAGAACUCAUCUGAGGGCUCUGAAGAUGACAAACCCACCAAAAAACACAGAAAAGACAAAAAGGAAAAAAAGAAGAGAAAGAAAGACAAAGAGAAGAUUGAUCGGGAGUUACUGGCAGAGCAGCCAACCUCCUCUUCAAUUCCCAGAAGCAAGACAAUAAAGGAGAAGGAUGACCCUGGCUCUAAAAAGCACAGCAGCAAGAACUCAGAGAGGGGUCAGAAGCCAGAGUCCAGGGAGGUGUGGAAGCACCACCUCAGCUCCCCUGAGGUCAGGACAGCCUGUCGAGGGGGAGCAGAGGACCGGGAGAGGGAGCUGAAGAAGGAGAAGCCUAAACAUGAGCACAAGUCCUCAAGCAGGAGGGAAGAAAGAGAAGAAAAAAACAGGGAUAGGGACAGAGGUCGAACCUCAGAUACACAUUCUGGCCGGCACGAGGGACAUAGCCAUAGAAGUAGAAGUAGAAGUAGGAGCCCAGAUAAAUCCCAUAGGCCUAAAAAGGCACGACAUUCCCGAGACCCAGACCCCUUGAAUCCCAGUGACCGCAAACACCACUGAAGCUGCAGCCUGGGCAGCUGCUUGAUAGAAUUAAAAUGAACUGCAUUUUAAAAAGGCAAUCAAAUUCAGUUACAUUUUUACUGUUUCUGUGUGUAAAAUCUCUGAGGCUGCAUUCUUCCAUCCCUUGAGUAUUAGACUCAUUGAGAGAGCUGUACUUUCAAGAGCCAAAUGUCCUGGAGUUUUGAGCAAAAUCUAUUGUCCUUGGGAAUAUGCUUGGAGUAUUAGAGUAUAUAUCCUAAAAAUUGGGUUCAUAAGUGUGGCCCUUGAAUUUAUGACCCCAGUUAAUGAUGAAGUGUUCAGGAAAGGGGAAAUGCCAGGUAACUCUACUAGCCUUUAUUCUAGAUGUUAAGAGCCUUUUCAGUGACCUUUCCAGUUGGCAGGUAGACCCAUAGAGCAGAGAAAUGUGGCUUGACUGGGUUUAGACAGCUUGAUGUGAAUGCGAUGAUUCAUAACAUCAAUUCAAUCCCUUUUGCCCCUUCCUGUAUUUGAAAAUUUAAAUUUUUUUUCUUUUUUGGUUCA